UUCACAGAUAAUCUGUGAAAAAAAAAUCUGUGAAACAAGGUCUCUGACUUUUUUCAGUUCUCCCAGUGCUAACUAGACACAAACAGUCAGAGUCGGGAGGAGGAUUUUAGUACUGUCAAUUACCCUCUGCAGUUCUGCUAAUUACCCCUGCCCCUUGCUCUCUGUUAGGGUGCAGCUAGCAGAUCCUGUUAUGAUUGCAUAGCCGGUUAGCAUAGCCACCGAUGUCAGCAGAUAAAUGAUUUUCCUGUAACGACUCAUCAUGAAUUUCUUUCUGGAAUCAAUCCAAGUCUUCUUUCUCUCUUUAUGGUACAACAUAGAAUCUUUCAUUCACCUCUUAGUUCCCAGGAAGAAAAAGAACAUAGCUGGGGAGGUUGUUCUGAUCACAGGCGCCGGCAGUGGAAUUGGUCGCCUGAUGGCUCAGGAGUUUGCGGCUCAUGGUACUGUGCUGGUUCUGUGGGACAUUAACCAGGAGGGCAUAAAAGAAACUGCAAGAUUGGCCAAAAAUGGUGGAGCCAGCAGAGUCCACUGCUUUGUCUGUGAUUGCAGCAACAAGAAUGAAGUUUACAGAGUGGCUGAUCAGGUUAAGAGAGAAGUGGGUGAUGUCAGUAUUUUGGUGAACAAUGCCGGAAUUGUGACAGGGAAGAAAUUCAUGGAUGCUCCAGACUCUCUGAUUGAGAAGACCAUGGAGGUCAACACUAUGGCUCACUUCUGGACCUACAAGGCCUUUCUACCUGCCAUGAUCGCCAAUAACCAUGGCCAUCUGGUCAGCAUUGCCAGCUCUGCUGGACUCAUUGGAGUAAAUGGAUUAGCAGACUAUUGUGCCAGUAAGUUUGCAGCUGUAGGUUUUGCUGAGUCGGUAGGCUUGGAGCUUCUAGCAACAGGGAAAGAUGGGAUCAAAACCACCAUUGUGUGCCCCUACUUUAUCAACACUGGGAUGUUUGAUGGAUGUCACACCAAGUAGGUCUUUCUGCUUUAAAAUCAAUUUGAAUAAAAAUUUUUGCAGGUGUUUUAUAUGUGAACAGGAUAUCGUUUGGUGCUUGGGACAAAAUCCUAUGAACACAUACACUUAGCAGUUUUCCAGAUAU